UACUCUAUAUUUCUUCUCUUAAUUUCUCAAGUACUCACAAAUUUCACUUUCAUUUUCCACCUUAUUUUUUCCAAUUUACGUUAUUGUUCUCUAAACGUCUCUCUUGUUCUUCUAUUAAACAUUUUUUUUCUUGAUAAUUUGUUCUGCCACAACUAGUUCUUGUUUUGUGAUCAACUAAAAAAAAUGGCUGGUGGUGGUGGUAUUGGUCCCGCCAACGGGAAAGAAUAUCCCGGCGAAUUAACUCUUUAUGUUACUAUUACUUGCAUUGUCGCUGCCAUGGGUGGCCUCAUUUUCGGUUACGAUAUUGGAAUUUCUGGGGGUGUGACAUCAAUGGACUCAUUCUUGAGUAGAUUUUUCCCAUCUGUUUUCAAGAAGCAAAAGGCAGACGAUUCAACGAAUCAGUACUGCAAAUUUGACAGCCAGACAUUGACGAUGUUUACGUCGUCACUGUACUUGGCUGCCCUUUUGUCUUCUCUGGUGGCAUCUACUGUCACCAGAAAAUUGGGAAGGAGACUCUCCAUGCUCUCUGGAGGUGUCCUUUUCUGUGCUGGAGCUUUGAUCAAUGGCUUUGCUCAGAAUGUUGCUAUGCUCAUUGUUGGUCGUAUUUUCCUAGGUUUUGGUAUUGGAUUUGCCAAUCAGUCUGUUCCACUAUACUUAUCUGAAAUGGCUCCAUACAAGUACAGAGGAGCACUUAACAUAGGUUUUCAAUUGUCCAUCACAAUUGGUAUACUUGUAGCCAACGUCUUGAACUAUUUCUUUGCCAAGAUUCAUUGGGGAUGGAGAUUGAGUUUAGGAGGUGCCAUGGUACCUGCAUUGAUCAUCACAAUAGGCUCAUUGUUCCUCCCGGAAACACCAAACUCCAUUAUCGAACGUGGCAACCACGACGAAGCCAAAGCUAAGCUCAAGAGGAUCAGGGGAAUUGAAGAUGUAGAUGAAGAGUUCAAUGAUUUAGUUGUGGCCAGUGAGGCCUCUAGGAAAAUUGAGCACCCUUGGAGGAAUUUGUUGCAAAAGAAAUAUAGGCCACAUCUCACAAUGGCAAUUAUGAUCCCAUUUUUCCAGCAACUUACUGGAAUCAAUGUGAUUAUGUUCUAUGCACCAGUGUUGUUCAAGACUAUUGGUUUUGGUGCUGAUGCUUCCCUUAUGUCUGCUGUGAUCACUGGUGGAGUCAAUGUCGUUGCAACUAUGGUUUCUAUUUACUAUGUUGAUAAAUUGGGAAGGAGAUUCUUGUUCCUUGAAGGUGGCAUUCAAAUGCUCUUUUGCCAAAUAGCAGUUGCAAUUCUGAUAGCUAUAAAGUUUGGAGUUAAUGGAAGUCCAGGGGAAUUGCCAAAGUGGUAUGCCAUACUGGUGGUGAUAUUCAUCUGUGUUUAUGUAGCCGGAUUUGCUUGGUCAUGGGGGCCUCUUGGAUGGCUAGUGCCUAGUGAAAUUUUCCCACUCGAAAUUCGAUCAGCUGCACAGAGUAUCAAUGUCUCAGUAAACAUGGUCUUCACAUUUGCAGUGGCACAAAUAUUCUUGACAAUGUUGUGUCACUUGAAAUUUGGAUUGUUCCUCUUCUUUGCAUUCUUUGUGGUGAUUAUGACUGUGUUCAUUUACUUCUUCUUGCCUGAGACCAAGAAUAUCCCAAUUGAAGAGAUGGUGAUUGUUUGGAAAGAGCAUUGGUUCUGGUCAAAGUUCAUGGGUGAAGUGGACUAUCCUGGAACUAGGAAUGGAACUGGUGUUGAAAUGGCUAAAGGGGCUGAUGGCUACAAAAUUGUAUGACUUUAAGAAUAGUUUGGUUUUUAAUUUUAUUUAUUAUUAUAUAAUGUUUCAAUGGGAUGAUAAUUGUUAAUUAGAUUUGAUUGAACUGUUUCUCUUGUACCUCUUUUGCAUAGAAAAAUACAUACUUAGUCCAAUUUCUACCGCAACAAAUUAAUAGAGAAUUUGUUAGAGCAA